AUGGCAAAAACCUCUGCAUCCCAGCUCGUGAGGGCAAAGCAACACAUCACAAACAAUCAAAAACUCCAAGAAGAUGUUGACAAACUACAGAACCAGACAUUGAGUGCUCGCAAAGCACCAGAUCCGUCAUCAUCCCAAGCUAUGCAACCUUCCUUCUCCCUCCCAGCUGCUUAUCGCUAUGGACCUCGCUAUAUUCCUAACCCAACCAUCCCACCACAGCCAGCACCUUCAUACCAAAUGAUACCACCAGCCCCAACGCAUGCACAACUACUACCAGCAGCACCAGCCCCCCAAACCCCCCAGAACCCGUUUAGCGGGACAGCGCCAGUACCCAGAACAAACCUUUUCUAUGAACCAGCUGUACAUGACAACGGCGGAGAUGACCUUCCAUUUGCACCGAUAUUUCUAAUUGUUACUAUACCCCCAGAUGAAAUUGCUGAUUCCAGUUCACAGGAAAAACACGGACGGUCAAUACCAAACACUGAACAUUACGUGUUCGAAGUCAACGUGCGAGUCACAAAGGACCAGCUGGAGCUGCACACAGAAGGCCUGGCAAGAGCAGGAGCACACGUAGUGCAGGCAGACCAAUGGCCAAUAGUUUCACCGGUAACAGAACAAGCACCAUUAUCACCAUGCUCACCUGUCUCCUUCAUAGCAACCGAAACCAAGGUCGGAAAUGUUAAUCCGCCCAUAUGGCCAGUUUUGAACCAACUCAAGCAUGAAACAUUGGGUGAAGUACCCGAAUUCCCGACAGCCUCAAUCACGCCCAGCAUUUAUUCUCGACAUACCAACCCAUUCAAUCCAGUGCGAGUAGCAGAAAUAAUGAGAGUGAUAAAAAUCAGUGAGGAUCUCUCAGAUGACCAAAGAUCACAGGUGCGUACUCUCUGCAAAGAAUUUGCUGACAUGUUUGCCCUUAGCAUCAGCGAAGUAUACCCGGUGGACUUCAAGACAUUCAAGCUGCACUUUCCUGAGGGAGCCACGUUCAGGACAAAGGUUAAUCAACGACUGUUGACGCCACCGCAGCGGGAAUUCCUCUAUGAAAGACUCAAUGAGCUCGAGAAGGCAGGUAUCAUCUGUCGAAUUGAGCCAGAAGAAGUCAAGGCUGCAAGCCCUACAGUACUAGCACAGAAGGCACACGGGCAGAUGGACUGCCAUUAG